AUGGUACACUCGACCAGCAAAAAGCCCUCAUCGUCCACAGAUGGCUUCUUCCAAUCCAUCCCCACUGUUCCCCCGGCAUAUACCUUCGUCAACGAUGGGUCCUCAAACUCCAGCUCCCUGGCCGCUUCGGAUGAUAUAGCCCUCGCGAGGAUUCUCGAUCUCUACCUGCCACGUGAAUCCUCUGCUGGUGUCUCAGUCCACAACCUAUCGCGUCGUGCACUGGAUCCGGUUACCCUGAACUUGGCCACCGAUGCUGAGGUGAACCAACCGAUCAUCCGGCCACUUGGUACCUUCGGCAUCAAGAAUCAUGUUGACCCAUUGGUUACCGGAGAAGGAUGGAGAACGUUGAAGACCAUCGGCCAAGAGGAAGGUUUAGUUACAGUCGCCUACAAUAAGAGCAAUGAACAAUGGAAUCGACGCGUCCAUCAGUUUGCACUUAAUCAUGUCUGGUCGCCCAGUGCUGCGAUGACAGGGUGCCCUGCCUCGAUGACGGACGGAGCGGCAAAAUUGUUAGCGACACGACUGGACGACGUGGACGGUGAUCAGCCCGGUCGCCGCGCGGUGCUCGAAGAAGUAUACAGACGUCUUGUAUCGGAUGACCCCAAGGAGGCGUGGACGACGGGACAAUGGAUGACGGAGAGAACGGGCGGCAGUGAUGUCCGGGAGACAGAAACACUGGCGUGGCGUUUGACGACGGAAGAGACUGCGCAAGAUGUCGAACAGGGACGAGAUGUCGAUGCUCAUGGAAUGCAACUGGGCCCGUGGCGCAUCGAUGGUUUCAAGUGGUUUAGCAGUGCCACCGACUCCGACAUGGCCAUGCUACUUGCGCAGACUAACAAGGGUCUCAGCCUCUUCUUUGUCCCAAUGCGGCGUCGCUCCGAAAAGCACAGUAACGCGAGCGAGCUGAACGGCAUUCGAAUCCAGCGUUUGAAGAACAAGCUGGGAACCAAGUCUUUACCCACUGCAGAGUUGGAGUUGAAGGGGGUUCGUGGGUGGUUGGUGGGAGAGGAAGGCAAGGGUAUAAAUGCCAUCUCGACCGUGCUCAACAUCACCCGACUCUAUUGUGCGAGUGGAUCGGCAGCUGGUUGGGGCCGUGGACUAUCCAUUUGCCGGGCGUACACUCGCGUCCGCAAGACGCGCGGAGCGCUUCUUCAGGAAAAUGUGCAGCAUGUGCGGUGGAUGGCGGACGAGAUGGUGAAUUACUCUGCGGCAAUGCACUUCACAUUCUUCGGGGUCGCACUGCAGGGUACCAUUGAGCAGAACUGGGACUCCAUGGUCGGCAGUACCAAUGCUGCUGGACUUAUCCCACAGGAUCCUGCCAAGGCCGCCACUCUCCUGCGUCUGAUUACACCCGCUUUGAAGGCCACUGUUAGUGUGAACUCGGUUCAUGGACUUCGUGCCUGUAUGGAAUGCCUGGGCGGGGUUGGUUACUGCGAGAAUAAUGAAGAUGGUGGUAUUCUGAACAUCGCCAAGAUAUACCGAGACACAACCGUCAAUGCCAUUUGGGAGGGGACAGUCAGUGUGAUGGCGGAGGAUAUUAUCCGAGUUCUUACCGACAGCCGGUUGCAGGGUGAGAAGUCUGCGGGCUCGAUUUUGGUUGAAUGGGCAAAUCAUAUUUUGAAGAGCUGCCAAUCGAAGUUUGCCCAGGAGUGCGCAACUGUGGAAAGAAAGCUAAGCGCUUUGCUCGAGAUCACACAGAAUAUUAGUAGGGAGGAACUCCUGUGGCGCGGGAGGGAUAUCCUGCAACAUAUUGCGGGCAUAGUGUCCUCAUGUCUGCUCAUUUAUGAUGCAUCUACCGAUGGCAAUGAGCGUGCGACACAGAUAGCCUCCAGGUGGGUGCGCUCGCAAGCACCCACAGGUGCUGACAGUGCCUCCAAGUUCUCUUGGCAACAUGAGUCUGCCACUGAUCAAUUGAUAUUUUUGGGCGAAGCCACGCCGGUCUCCAGGUCGGCGAGGAUCUGA